GUAGCUCAUGGUGGUUACUCUGGGCGGGUUUACAUUGCAGUAAUGAGCAGAGAAAGCAGAAGGAAGUCAUAAUAAUAAUUAAAAAACUUCUCAUUCUAUUGUUUUCUGGACAUUAUUGAAUUAUUGGCAUUAUUUUCAGGAGAAGACGCACAGUUGUCCUGAGGUGUAUGCAGAUGGCGCUUUUGGGAGGAAUGUGUCGGUUUGUUCGGUUGUCUAGGAGCAGCAGGCAUGUCGGUUGGUGUGUUGGAGCGUCUCUCAGAAGACAAUCUACUGCCAGAGCUGCUUCUGCUUUGGCCACUCCAUCCAGUCCAAAAACACAGGACAAGAGAAAACCCAAGACCGGCAUCCUCAUGCUGAACAUGGGGGGGCCGGAGAGACUCGAAGACGUUCACGACUUCCUGUUACGACUUUUCCUGGACAAAGAUCUGAUGCAGCUUCCUAUCCAGCAUAAACUCGGGCCAUUCAUAGCCAAACGCCGCACGCCCAAGAUCCAGGAGCAGUACAGUAAAAUCGGAGGAGGAUCUCCCAUCCGAGCCUGGACCACCAUGCAGGGAGAGGGCAUGGUCAAACUCCUGGAUGAGAUGAGCCCUAAAACUGCUCCUCACAAGUUUUAUAUCGGCUUCCGGUACGUGCGCCCGCUAACGGAGGAGGCCAUCGAGGAGAUGGAGUCGGACGGAGUAGAGAGAGCGGUGGCUUUUACUCAGUAUCCUCAGUACAGCUGCUCCACAACAGGCAGCAGUUUGAAUGCUAUCUACAGAUACUACAGCAGCAGUGGACUGAGUCCUAAAAUGCGCUGGAGUGUGAUUGACAGGUGGCCCACACACCCUCUGCUCAUCGAGUGUUUUGCUCAGCAUGUGCGUAAGGAGCUGGAGAAGUUUCCUCCUGAGAAGAGGGACGACGUGGUCAUCCUGUUCUCCGCCCACUCGCUCCCCAUGUCUGUGGUGAACAGAGGAGACCCGUAUCCUCAGGAGGUAGGAGCUACAGUGCAGAGGGUGAUGGAGAGGUUAGCCUACUGUAACCCGUAUCGUCUCGUCUGGCAAUCGAAGGUGGGCCCAAUGCCGUGGCUCGGUCCACAGACGGAUGACGUGAUAAAAGGUUUGUGUAAAAGAGGGAAGAAGAACCUGCUGUUGGUUCCUAUCGCCUUCACCAGCGACCACAUCGAGACUCUACACGAGCUCGACAUCGAGUACUCGCAGAUCCUCGGAGAAGAGUGUGGGGUUGAAAAUAUCAGAAGAGCAGAGUCUCUCAAUGGAAACCCGCUGUUUUUUAAGGCAUUAGCGGAUUUGGUUCAGACGCACCUGAAGUCCGAUGAGCAGUGCUCUCGGCAGCUCACCCUGCGAUGCCCUCUGUGCGUGAACCCCACUUGCGGGAAAACCAAGGCCUUCUUCGCCAGCCAGAAACUCUGAUCUGUUCACGUCUUGCCUGUGAUCCUUCGUGCCUGGGAGGAGCGUCUCACGGGACCUGUCAAAAACAAAAUAGCAACAAACAGAAACCUUACAGAACCCAAAGCCCAAUUCUGCAGUGAGGCCGGGCAUAUCGUUCAGUUCAGUUCCGGGUUUAGAUCUGCGCUUUAACACGUCAUUUCUCCACCAGGCCGCUGUUCUGCUGUAGUGACCAAUCUUAAAAAGCUCAUUGCACAUAAGUGUCUCUUUAUUAUUAUUAUUAUUAUUAUUAUUAUUAUUAUUUAUUUAUAUUAAAGUAUUGGCGCCCUCGGCUGCA